UACGUCAUCUUGCACUGGUCUGUUGACGUUCAAUAUUUCAAUGUCUUUUCGCCGUUCCAUCCGUGUGGACACAUUUUUCCGGAUUUCGUGUCUAAGCCGGAUUGUUGUACGUGAAAACUGCAAAACAUACGGUUUGAUAUUCCGUUUUUAGCGAUCUACGCACCGAGUAAACGAUGAGUACGAUUUUGGAAAAGAUCGCCCAAAUCGAGGCCGAGAUGGCCCGUACUCAGCGGAACAAGGCCACGGCUGGUCAUCUGGGUCUGCUGAAGGCACGAUUAGCAAAGCUGAGGCGAGAGCUGAUCACUCCGAAAGGUGGUGGCGGUGCAUCCGAGCAAGGUUUCGAAGUAUCCAAAACCGGUGAUGCGCGGGUUGGGUUCGUCGGAUUUCCGUCGGUCGGUAAAUCGACGUUGCUAUCCAAUUUGGCCGGUGUUUACUCGGAAGUGGCGGCAUACGAGUUCACAACGCUGACCACGGUUCCAGGCUGCAUCAAGUACAAGGGAGCAAAAAUUCAGCUGCUGGAUUUGCCCGGAAUUAUUGAAGGAGCCAAGGAUGGCAAAGGUCGCGGUAGACAGGUCAUUGCCGUGGCCCGGACUUGCAACUUGAUAUUCAUGGUCUUGGACGUACUGAAGCCGUUGACGCAUAAAAAGUUGCUGGAGCACGAAUUGGAAGGUUUCGGGCUGCGGCUGAACAAACAGCCGCCGAACAUCAGCUUUCGAAAGAAAGACAAGGGCGGGGUGAAUUUGAAUGCAACGGUAGGCCAAUCGGAACUGGAUUUGGAAACAGUCAAGUCGAUUUUGUCCGAGUACAAGAUUCACAACGCGGACAUCACCCUGAAGUAUGACGCCACGACGGACGAUUUGAUCGACGUGAUCGAGGGCAACCGAAUCUAUAUUCCCUGCAUUUACCUGCUGAACAAGAUCGAUCAGAUUAGCAUCGAAGAGCUGGACGUGAUCUACAAGAUUCCCCAUUGCGUGCCCAUUUCCGCCCAUCAUCAUUGGAAUUUCGACGACUUGCUGGAAAUGAUGUGGAAGUACUUGAAGCUGGUUCGCAUCUACACGAAACCGAAAGGACAGCUACCGGAUUACAGUUCGCCGAUUGUGUUGCAUAACGAGCACACGACUAUUGAAAACUUCUGUAACAAACUGCAUCGUACGAUUGCUAAGGAGUUUAAAUACGCCUUGGUAUGGGGCUCCUCCGUGAAGCAUCAACCACAAAAAGUCGGCAUUGAUCACGUGUUAAACGAUGAGGACGUCGUACAAAUUGUGAAAAAGGUUUGAGUCAGUCACUCCCCCCUGGUUCCGAUUUGUGAAAUCGGCAAACAUUGCCUAGAUAAAAUCCAACUACUUCCGCGGGCGAUAGUUGAUCCUUCCACUAGGAAUUGCUGUUUGGUAAUGCUGGAACUGGUUCAUCGCACCUUAGAUUUUGGGCUGGUCACGGAUCUCUACGGCCUGGGCAAAAUUAUGAUGAAACCUCUGUGAAAGCUUGUGAACGAAUGAAACCUUUGCUGGGAGAUCAGACCACCACCCCCGAUGACGUCUUCGGCGGAUGUGGUCGACGCUGAUUGGUUGGCAGCAAGGGCUGCCAGAUUAUUUUGGGCGAGGAGCAAUUUGGCGGGUGAGCUUAUUUUGAUAAAAUCGAUGAGAAUGACUAAUAUUUUUGAUGCAUAGCCUAAAUGGUAUUAUAGUUUAAGACAUGUUUUAUGUAUUAGUAUAUAAUAGCACUAUCGUAACUAAAUGAUAAAGCAGGAUUUAGCUUGAAAAAUAGACGUUUAGCAAAUGUA